AAUCUAAAUUGCCAAAAUGUCUAUAGUAAAAAUAUAUAUAUAGGCUUCUUUUUAUAAGCAAGCACUAUUUAAUAUAUAACUUUUUUAUAAUAAAAACUAUGAUAAUGAAUCGUUUUUUGUUAAUAACACUAGUUUUAGCGUGCUCUAUGAUCACAGAAUAUUAUGCCGACAAUGAAGAUGGGAAGGGGUAUUUUGGAAAAGAUUCAAACCCAUUAGACGAUUACGACGAAAGAAAAGGUGAAAUUUGGGAUAAAUCACAUUCAAAUUAUUAUGAAGACCAGAAGAAAAAUGAUAUAAAUAGUUUUUGGGACGAUCUGGAUAAUUCAUAUGAUGGAAGAGAUAAGGGAGAUAAACGAAAAGGGGGAAGGAAGAGCAAUAGUAGAAGAGGCGCUGAAUGUUCAUAUAACCCCGACACUAUUUGCUACGGGAGUGGAGAAAGACUUAGGGGUCUUCCAGGAUGUGGAAAAUUCGUGGAUUGUAAUAAUCCCUCUAAACCGACUUUCGGGUGCGGGCCUGGUAGAAUCUUUCAUCAGGGAGUUCAGUGUUGCAGAAAGAUUAAAAUAAUUUUUAAAUGCCGUUGUUAUAACAAUGAUAUAACGACUACCGCUAUUCAAACCACCACUACUCUCGUAACCACCACUACUCCAAUCACAACCACCCGGGUCGUGACCACCACUACUCCGACCGUAACCACCACUACUCCGACCAUAACCACCACUACUCCGACCGUAACCACCACUACUCCGACCGUAACCACCACUACUCCGACCGUAACCACCACUACUCCAACCAUAACCACCACUACUCGGACCGUAACCACCACUACUCCGACCGUAACCACUACUACUCCGACCAUAACCACUACUACUCCGACCAUAACCACCACUACUCCGACCAUCACUACUUCGAUCAAAACCAGGACUCCAAAGGUAACCACCACCACUCCGAUUGAAACCACCACUACUCCGAUCAAAACCACUAACAAGAAAAAAACUACUACUAUCCCACCACCCUGAUCGCACACUACUAUCCCAUUAGGUAAGUAGCGGUUGCGCUAACUUAACCACCACCAUUUAAAAAUUUCUAAUUUCGGCAAAAUAUAUUAUCCCCCUUACCUUUUUCACUUUUAGAAUAGGUUGGGCUAAAACAAAUAUUUUAUUAUAUUAUAAUAUACUAUAGUUUUAUUAUUUUAUUCAGUUAUGUCAUCUGAAUUAAAUAAUAGAACUAUAGAUGUUUCAAACUUUAAAAACGUGAAUAACAUUUUUAAAUAUAAUAUAUUUUAUAAUUGUUCUUUGAGAUUUUAUAAUAUAAUAAUUAUAGUGAACAAUUUUAUAUUUGUCCAAGAAAGGAUUUCAUUCUGGAGUAAUAAUUUUCAUGAAUGAAUUUUUUUUUUGCUUAUCAAAUCUUAACACGUUUAGCCACCAUAUUUUUAAAAGGCUAAAAUGGAUUACUAUAGCUUUAAUUAACACUGUUAUCAAUUAUUAUAUUAUCUAUAUUUUUAUAUUAUUUAACGCGUCAUUUCAUUAAAUAAUUCAGUUGAAUUAAUAAUCAUACCAUAUUUUUUUAAAUGGGAUUUAAUCAUCAAUUUUUAAAAAAAAUUAUGCAAAUAUUAUUUUUAGUUAUCAUAUCUGGAUAUUCUAUAAAUUUUUAUUAGUUAUUGGAAUAAAAUGUAUAUUUCCAUUU